AUGGCGCUGCUUAACUCUGAGGAUGAGCAAACUUACUUUUGGUUGCUUGACAAAUUUAUUGAAUGCCACUAUAAUGUAACACCAAAAGUUGUGGUGACAGAUGGAGAUGGAGCUAUCAAAAAUGUUGUCUUGAAGUACUUCCCAAAUGCAACUCAUCAGUUGUGCGUGUGGCACCUGUGUACCAACGCUUUAAAAAUUUCAAAAGACCCCCGAUUCUUAGAAGGAUUUCAAGAUGCCAUGUACAACUAUUACACAAUAGAGGAAUUCAUGCAAAAAUUAGGGGAAUUAAUACAAAAUUUUGACCUCCAUUCUAGCCAAUGGUGCACCAACAAUUAUCACAGUCGUUGUUCAUGGGCAAAGACAUACCUAAGAGCGAAAUUUUUCGCCAGAAUGUGGACCAGCCAAAGAUGUGAGUCCAUGAAUUCAAGUAUUAAAAAAUUCCUACAUGCAAGUUAUAGUCUCUGUGAAUUCGUUACCUCAAUUGACGUUGCUAUGACAAAUUUGAGGCACAUCAAGAAAGAAGAUGAUUACAAUAGUGGACACAAUAGUCCUCCAAUACUAGGUCCCAAAAACGCUCUUAAGACAUACCAUGAGCAGUGCACCAAAUUAUACACAAGAAAUAUGUACUAUAAAGUAGUUGAUCAAAUCAAAGCGGAACAUGCGUACUUUGUCAACAAUUUUGAAGACAACGGUGAAUCAUUCUCCUAA